UAGCUAGCAGCUAGCUCGGAUAUCGCCACACGAAAAUAUCCCCGGGAAAUACCCAUCGAUACAUUUACCACAAUAUUUACUUUAUAAGACUCGAUGUCUUGAUCUGAACGACACUGGGAAUAUAUAGAAGAUCAAUAUGGCAGCAACAUACAGAUCAAGCUUGAAAAGGCUUAAUCAGUUAGGAAAUGCUGUAAAUUCAUUUAAUAACACUGCGAUUCGAAGCUCCGUUGUCUGUUCUUUCCGGUGGACCAUGAGGAGUCCAAGCAGCCUGAACUUCAGGGGACCUGAUGUAAGAUCGUUCCGCUCUACAGCAGCUGUUCGUGCGAUGCAAGUUUCAUCAACUAACAUCCCAGAACUGAACGAUUUUGAAGCGCUGGGUUAUUCUUUUGAUUCACACGAAGAAUUGUAUAAGUUUUCUCUUAAUGAGCCAGAGACCUUCUGGGGAACUCUAGCAAGGACUAGGUUGCAGUGGUACAGAAAGUUUGAUGAAGUGAUGGACUGCAAUCUUCAAGAGGGUAAAAUUGCUUGGUUUCAAGGAGGCAAAAUAAACGUAUCAGUAAAUUGCAUCGAUCGCCACAAGGAGGCUGCACCAGAUCGAGUAGCUUUGAUAUGGGAGAAAGAUGAGCCAAAUCAAGCAGAAAAGAUCACAUACAAGCAACUUUAUGAGAUGACAAAUCAACUUGCCAACUCCCUCCGUCGCCAUGGUGUAAAGCGAGGUGAUCGAGUCGCUAUCUAUAUGCCUGUUUCUCCACUUACAGUAGCUGCUAUGUUAGCAUGUGCAAGGAUAGGGGCUAUUCACAGUGUUGUCUUUGCAGGGUUCAGCGCUGAAGCUCUUGCUAGCAGAAUCAUUGAUGCUGGUGUAGAGACAGUUUUGACCACUGACCAGGCUGUACGUGGCGGGAAGGUCAUUGACCUCAAGGCUACUGUAGACAAGGCCAUGGAGCAAUGUCCAAAGGUCAAACGAGUAUUUGUUUCUAAGAGGACAGGAGCUGAUGUCCCAAUGUAUGAGAGAGAUAUACCAAUGGAAGAGGCCAUGGCUCAUGAAUCAACAGAAUGUGAGCCAGAAGUGAUGAGCAGCGAAGAUCUUCUCUUUAUGCUUUAUACAUCAGGAUCUACAGGGUCUGCUAAAGGUCUCUCUCAUUCUCAAGCUGGCUACCUACUCUAUGCCAGUCUGACCCAUAAGUUUGUAUUUGACUACCAGCCUGGUGACAUCUAUGCAUGUGUUGCUGAUGUAGGGUGGAUCACCGGACACAGCUAUGUAGUAUAUGGUCCUCUCAGUAAUGGUGCCACUACUGUCUUGUUUGAAAGUAUUCCAACCUAUCCUGAUCCAGGAAGGUACUGGGAGAUGGUCGAAAGGUUAAAGGUCAACCAGAUUUAUGUAGCCCCUACAGCUGUGAGGUUACUACUUAAAUCAGGAGACUCUUAUGUGACCAAGUAUGAUAGAUCAACAUUAAGAACAUUAGGAUGUGUUGGUGAACCACUUAACCAUGAAGCAUGGGACUGGUAUAACAAUGUUGUAGGAGAAGGACGUUGCUCAUUAGCUGAUACAUGGUGGCAGACAGAGACCGGUGGUAUAUGCAUCACUCCGCGCCCAUCGGCACCCAAUGCUGAAAUAACAGGUGGUCCUAUGCGCCCCUUCUUUGGAAUUGAACCAGUUCUACUUGAUGAAAAGUGUCAGGAAAUCACAGUGAACAAUGAACCUGGAGCCCUUUGCAUUCGUAGACCAUGGCCUGGGAUAGCUAGAACAAUCUAUGGCAAUCACACUCGUUAUCUAGAGACAUAUCUAAGUCCGUACCCUGGAGUUUAUUUCUCUGGUGAUGGUGCAAUUCGAGAUGAUAAGGGUUAUUACCACAUCACUGGUAGAAUGGAUGAUGUCAUUAAUGUCACGGGUCAUCGCUUAGGAACAGCAGAGGUUGAGGAUGCUAUGGAUGAACAUCCUGCAGUAGCAGAGACAGCUGUCGUAGGUUACCCACAUGAUAUUAAAGGGGAAGGUGUAUAUGCAUAUGUGAUUCUAAAGGAUGAUGUAACAACCAGUGAAGAGGAUAUCAUCAAAGAAUUAAAGGCUACAGUCAGGCAGAAGAUUGCUGCUUAUGCAGUUCCUGAUAUUAUCCAGAUCACUCCAGGAUUGCCAAAGACACGCUCUGGUAAGAUCAUGCGGCGUAUCCUAAGGAAGGUUUCAGCUGAUAAGAGUGAUGAACUUGGAGACGUGUCCACCUUGGCAGAUCCUUCCAUUGUAGCAGUCAUUGUGAAGAACCAUGAUAAACUGGCUAAGAAAUAGAGCAAUGGUGUUGCAAAGCUGAGAAUUCAAAAGCUUUCAAACCAUGUUUGAGGAUCAGCUCAAAGUUAUCGAUGUUAGAGAAUGAACUGCAAUACUUUGAAUCCAUUUUUGCAUACAUUUCUGGGGGGGGGGGUGAUCCUGUGUUGUUCCUGAACUUUUUAUGGAAAUCUUGCUCACCUUCUUAGAGCGCAUAUGCCUCGUCAGAGUUAUGUGUCCAAAGUUCAAAUAUAUUUUGUACUUGAGACCUAAGAUUUCUCAAAAAAAUGAUUUCAUGUGAAAAGAAAUCCAGUAUCAAUCGUGUUUCAAGGAGAAAUUCAUUAAAGAAUGGCACUACUCUCAGACUUGAGAUGUAAUUGGUUUAAAUGAAUGUCGGGAACCACUAGAGAGAAAUUUAUCCUAUAGACAAACUAUGCGUAAACAAUUUCAUUAGCAUAGAAAGAGGUUAAUUGAUAAUUUAGUUAGAAGACAUAAAUCCCUUUAUUCAUUUGAGAUGGAAAUGGAAAGGAUUAUUAUUUCAGAGACAUUAGAAUGUGAUAAUAUCGUAAUUACUUAAGUGCUUGUAUGUUAUAAUCAUUUAUAUUUUUAUUAAUCAUAUUAUACAAAAUAUAUAUAUUACACCAAGGUAUACAUUUUUUACAAGACUUUUUUGAAGUCUUUGAAUCUAUGCAUCUUUAUAUGUUUUAAAGUGAAAUGUAAACUGCCAGUUUGCCUUAUGUUUUAUGAACAUAUAUUGAUGUAACACAAAUGGGUUUAUCUUGCUCUGUUUAAUCAACAUUUGUGGACAAUUUUCCAAGCUCUUAUAUUCAAGCUGAUAAAAUUGGUAAAAUAUGUGUACAAUGCAUAAUAAUGAUUUUACCUAGAUGAGAUUAGCUAUCCCAAGCUCUGAUGGUGCUUGAAAAAAAACCUAAGCAAAUUCUUAAAUGCACAAGCAAAAGGUUUGCUUAAUGCAUAUGCUUUUUAGCAAUAGUUUGAUUGUCAAGCAAAUGCUAGCAGGCAGUUAUCAAUUGCUUGUGCUUACUAGCAAAAGCAUUUGCUUGCUCAUUUUUAUGGAUAUGGAAUCAAGCGAAUUCCAAGCAAAAGCAACUGCUAAUUUUGUAUGCAUCUGAAACAUUGAUUGGUCAGAUGGGGGAUGUCACAAGGUUAUUGGUCAUACUCAAAACAUAAAUGCUUGGUAUGCUGAGAAGUAUUUAUCUAGUUCUUAUGUUAUGAUGUUUUACUAUGUGAUUUACAUGCUGUUUUAAAUGCAUUUUAGUUUUAGAGAGAAAAUUGUAAGUUCUUGCCAGGACUGGUCUAAAAAUGUUGAGAUCACUGAUUAUGACAUGUAAAUUUCAUCUUCUUUGCGUUCCACAAUUCUGUAAUUUUGCCAAUUAAGUAUCAUCAUUGAUUUUUUUUCUUUAAAUUUAAAUCACCACUGUUCAAGAAUUGCCAAUUACAUUUAUUAAAUUAACCAUUGCUAACCCUAAGUUUUGAUUAUAUUUUAUUUGUAUAAUCAAGUGCUAUGAUUUUUUAUUAUAUGUGCUGAUAGCAUAGUUCAAAAUAUCUGAAAUAUCCUGUAAAUUACCAAGUCAUUAUUACUGGACAAAAGAAUGAAUAAUUAUUGAUAAAAUUAUUAGUGAAGAAAAUUGCCUGACAAUUCUCCUCAGCCUUCAUCUUUGCCAAAAUUAAUUGGCUUCUGAGAUAAUUUGUAUUUGUCAUGAAAUACAUUCACCUAGUCCAUUAUAUCAGAUUGUAAAUAUUGCACUUUUUGUGUUUUGAUGUGACCUUUAUCUUUGUGUGUAACAUCAAAGUUGUUGUUCAAGUUUCGUUAUUUUGAAAUAUCAUUUAUUCUUUGCAUGUAGCUUUGUAGCACAGUGCUUUUUAAAUAAUGGAAAUAUGAUAUGUUUAGUCAAUCAGUAAUGUAAUAUAUUGUUUGGCUAACAGUAAUUAUAAAAUUCCUCGUAAAUUGAGUUACUGCUUCUGUUUCCUAUUUAUUUUUCCUUUCAUCCAUAUUAAUUUUAAUGAAUUGUUAUCACACAUUUUUUCUUAAAUUUUUUAUAAUAUGUAUUAUUUUUUUAAAUCAAUGGACCACUGGAAUGAGGUUCUUAAAAUGCAAUUGCUUAUUUUUUCUUUAGACAAAUUCAUUGUCGUUAUUAUAACGAUAGUUAUAAAAAAAAUUAUCACCCAAGAGUAUAUUUUAUGAAGCAAUAUAUUUCAAGAAACAAUGCACAAUAUUACUUUAGGUGUUAUUGAUUUGUACUUAGCAGAUAUAUGUCAUUACAUUCAUCAUGUUAUUGCAGAAAAGACUUGAGCAAUUAAAUUUGUGAGUGCUA